AGGUUCGCCCCUGGCCGUCACCCUAGCUACACCCUAAUCAACUUGUCGAACACCAUCCGGUUGUGUAUAUUUCGAAAUGAUCCGAAGCGCCUCAAGCACAGGUCCAGUGGGGAUUGGAAGAGCCUCAAGCAAGUGAAGGAAACUCCGGUGUUCUCACGGCGCAUGACCCAAAAGAAGAGCUUGACCUUGAUCGGGGGUGAAGGGGCGCCACUUGCUUGAGGAGCUUGUAGGUUGCCGGAUCGAUCCCUCCCAACAAGCCAACAGCGACUCCCGUAACGGCUGGCGGGGGCAAAAGCGUCAUUGCGUGCCCUCCCCUCUUCUUCGUCAUCCUGCGGUUGGCUCUAGCUGCUCACGGUGUCCAAGAAGUCCACCCACCACAGGCAACACCGCCAUGGCGGGGAAGAAGGGAGCCUCUGAUUUGCUGCGGGUGAGCGACGAGGAUGGCGCGCGGGUGGACGCGCUGGACCGACGAGCCGCGCGGCGGGCGCCCCGAGCGGGGGCGGAGCCCAGCCCCAGCUUCUUCGAGGGGUUCGCGCUGCAGGGGAUCCGCGUCGACAGCAUCCACCCGGGUCGCAUACUCUGCUCCUUCACCGUGCCCCCGCGCCUCACCGCCGCCGGCGACCACCUCGCCCCGGGCGCCGUGGUUUCCCUGGUCGACGAAAUCGGCUCCGCCGCCGCCGUUGCCGACGGCCACCACCUCAAGGUCUCCGUCGACAUGUCCGUCUCCUUCGUCGACCUCGCCGCCGCCGCGCCCGGCGACACCCUCCGCAUCGCCGCCAGGGCGCUGGGCCACAGGGGCGCCUACUCCGGCACGCACGUCCUCGUCGCCAACGCCGCCACGGGCCAGGUCGUCGCCGAGGGGAGGCACUCGCUCUUCGGAAAGAUGAAGAUCAGGAGCAACAUCUGAAUGGUCCACCAUAAUAUUCUGUUCUAUGAUGGUCAGAGUCCUCUCCUCCGUAUGCUUUUGCUCCAAUCCAACUUUGUUACUACUACUUCAGUAAAUUUGUAACAGGCAAAGACUAGCAGCAUCUACUUACACAUGAUCAAUCCAUCACAUAACAAUCAA